UUCCAUUUGAAUGGAUAAUGGAUAGAAGGAAAGGAAGAGAAAGAGUGAAGCAGAGGAAAGUGCAGUAGCAAUGGCAAUGGCAGCAACACCCACGCGCAUAUCACCAUUACCAUCUAGAAGAAGCAGACUCACACUUUCCCCAAUCCCACUGUUUCGUAUUCCCACCACAACCCUAACCACUUCCUUCAUAUCUUUCUCUUCCACAAGCAACAGCAACAACAACACUCCCCAAACAGAUUGUCCCGUUCCUCUCGAACAGCAACCCAUCAACGAGUACCACUCUCUCUCCACCUCCUUCCCCUUUUCCUGGGCCGCCCUCGACGCCGUCGAGUACGCCUCCCGCCUCCUCGUCACCGGUACCUCCUUCGCUCUCCUCAUCGGCCUCCCCGUCGCCUGGUUCGGCUCUGCUGGCGCCCAGGCCGAGCCCCUCAAGCGCCUCCUCUGCGCCGCCUCCAGUGGCCUCUUCGCUGUCACGCUCGCCGUCGUUAGGAUGUAUCUGGGCUGGGCUUACGUCGGGAACCGAUUGCUCAGCGCCACCGUUGAAUAUGAGGAAACAGGGUGGUACGAUGGUCAGAUAUGGGUGAAGACUGCUGAAGUUUUGGCCCGUGAUAGACUCCUCGGAUCAUUUUCUGUGAAGCCUGUGCUGAGCAGAUUGAAAAUUACUCUUGUAAGUCUGGCAACUUCUUUACUUGUAUGUGUUAUUAUCCUCAUCAACAUUGAUGGGAACCAAAAUCUGACAUCAAAAGAACCUAGAGUUCGAGUUGUACCUGGAGUUUACAACGAUGAUUCUGCAAGAUUAUUUGAACCAGAUGCUUUUCGUGAUGAAUCUGAACUUCAAUAAUACAUUAUCAUUUAUAGUAAGAGUAUAUGGUUGCAUAAAUUUUUCCUUAAACACUUAUCAGAAAGAUAAAAAGUAAAAAUGAAAUAAAUCUUUUCAAGAAAACCAAAGUUAAUUUAUGCAGAAGUUAAUUUAUAAGCAUGUUCUCAAAAUCAGAUUUUAAACUCAUGCAUAAGUUAAUUUAGAUUAUGAAAAAGUUUAUUUCAACUUUUCACUUACUUUUGCUUACAUAAGUAUUUAUGGAAAAGUGUAUCCAACCAUACACUAAAACAUCAACAAUGGACCCUCCAUGAAUUGUAGAUAUUUGGCAGGAAUAAGUUCUCCAUUUAUUUAGUAUCAAAUUCUAUGUUAGGUGUACAUAUCUUAUGUUGCCUUUUACACACCAUGUGUAUACUGUAAAUCUGGAUACAAAUGAACAUAUAUACAUAUUCAGUUUCUCGUGUAA